AUGGAGAAUAUUUCAGAGGCAACUGAAUUUUUUCUUGUGGGCUUAACAGAUGCCCCAGAACUUCAGAUCCCAUUAUUUAUCAUUUUCACUCUCAUUUAUUUGACCACACUGAUUGGGAACCUUGGAAUGAUAACGCUGAUUCUACUGGACUCCCGACUCCACACUCCCAUGUACUUUUUCCUCAGUAACUUGUCACUGGUAGACUUUGUUUAUGCCUCAGCAAUCACUCCCAAGGUAAUGGAAGGGUUUCUGACAAGAAAUAAGAUCAUAUCCUACAAUGCAUGUGCUGCGCAGUUGUUCUUUUUUGCAGCCUUUGCUGUCACUGAAAGUUUCAUUCUGGCCUCGAUGGCCUAUGACCGUCAUGCAGCAGUGUGCAAACCCUUGCAUUACACUAGCACCAUGACAAGUAUUACGUGUGUCCUAAUGGUAUCUGUCUCCUAUAUUUGUGGACUCUUGCAAUCUUCCAUUCAUGUUGCCUUUACUUUCCACCUCUCCUUCUGUCAUUCCCAUGUAAUCAACCACUUUUUCUGUGAUAUUCCCCCCUUGCUGGAUAUUUCUUGUUCUGAUAUCUAUAAAAACGAGAUUGUUGUCUUUACAUUAGCAUCAUUCGAUGUUGUCGUCAGCCUCUUGGUUAUCCUGAACUCUUACCUGCUGAUUUUUGUUGCAAUCCUGAAGAUGCAGUCAGCAGAGGGCCGAAAGAAGGCCUUCUCCACCUGUGCUUCCCACAUCACCACUGUUUCCAUCUUCUAUGGCACAAUCAUCUUCAUGUACUUACAGCCCAGCUCUAGCCACUCCAUGGACACUGACAAGGUGGCAUCUGUGUUCUACACUAUGAUCAUACCCAUGCUUAACCCUCUUGUCUACAGCCUGAGAAAUAAAGAGGUGAAACAUGCAUUCAAAAAGGUUUUGAGUAAAUGA